AUGUGGCAAGUUCCACGAACAAUAGAUAAAGUGUCAACUUUUAACUGGUUGGGGGCUAAACAUCAUCGUGCUGACAAUGUUUCUGACCCAUCAAAUAAUUUUUCGGAAAAAUUGCAAAUUAGUGGGACAGUGAAAGAAUGUUUACAUUUUUAUGGUGGUGCAAAUGUUCUAGUAACAGUGAAGAAGCUUGAGAGAGGUGGUAUGUACAUGGACAUCAGUGUGCAAGAGGCGGCAACUUUUGAAGGGAAGAUGGGAAAGAAGACUAAGAAAAAUAAGAAGAAUGAGGCUAGUGCUUCAAAAGAAGUGAGUGACUACAAUGGGGCAAUGCUUAAUGGGGUGGAGGAUGGUUUUGAACUGAGCAAAGAGGAUAAGAGAAGGAAGAAAGACAAGAAGAAAGCUGAAGUUUCUAUCGAUGUUGAAAUUGAUGGUACUCAUAAUGAGGAUAUAAAUAUGAAGGAUUAUGCAAAAGUGGAUGAUAAUUAUCAGAAAGAAAAGGAGAAGAGGAAGAAGAAAAAGAGAAAAUCAAAACCUGGUGAGGAUAAUGACAAGUCAAAUAAUGAGAUUCACAUGGGAGGGGAAGAGAGGAGGUGCUUGAAAAUAGAUGAUGACAAGGAUUUAGGGAAUGAUAGUGAAUCUAAAGCAAGAAAAGAAAAGAAGAGGCGCAAGGAAGAUAGAAAGAAAGACAAAAAAGAAUCUGUUUCUUCUCCAAUGAAAGUCUGUAAAGAUAAAGAGACAGAAAAAGAUGAGGUAGUCAAGGAUCAGAAAAGUUCUCGAAAGGACAAUAUUGCUGAUGUGAAGAAUGGGGAAGAACAGAUUGAAAAGAAGAAGACACACAAAGGGAGAGAAGGCAAGGAAAUUAUUGAUUUCAAGGGGAAGAAGAAAAGUACAGCUGCAGAAGAUGUUGGGAAAGUGAGGGAGUACUAUGAUGUGGAUGUUAGUGAUAAGGUCAAAACGAAGAAGAGGAAGAGAGAGACGAAAAAGGGUAAAGAUGAUUUGGGUGCUGGGAUGCAAGAAAUGAUGGCUGAGGAGCUUGGCAACAAAAGCAGUUUGACUGAAGAUAAAGAUUUUGGAUACAACAAUCGAAAUCAUCAUUCGGCUAGAAACAAAAUGCGGGAAAUAGAGACAAAAAAUGGUGACAAAGGUAAUAGGAAGAAGCCCAAUUCUGUUGAACCAGGUUCUGAAGAUCCUAAACCUAAAGCGAAAUCUAAAAAAGUUAGGUUUUCUAGUAAUAUAGAGGUUUUCCCUUCAUCUGAUGGUCCACGUAAGGGGAAGGAAAAGAACGAGGAUGAGAAAUUAGUGCGAGGUAAGCGGUUUUCACCUGAAGAAGAUGAGAUAAUUAAAGACGCUGUUUUUAACUAUAUACGGUAUAAUGACUUGGGUGAAGAUGGCUUGGCCAUGGUUUUACGCUGUAGUUCUCACCCAAAAAUAAGGAACUGUUGGAAGGACAUUGGAGCCGUUUUACCUCAUAGGCCUCUUCAAUCUGUAUAUUACCGAGCUCAUGUUUUGUUUGAAAGGGCUGAAAGUCGUUCAUGGACUACUGAAGAGCUUGAACGUGUAAGAAAGUAUCAUGAACAACAUGGCCCAAAAUGGAGGGAGUUGGCUGAUGCACUUGGAAAACAUAGAAUUCACUUGAAGGAUGCAUGGCGCAGAAUAAAACUACCUAACACAAAUAAAGGACAUUGGUCCCAGGAGGAGUACCAGAAUUUAUUUGAUUUAGUGAACAUGGAUUUGAGAAUGAAGGCUUAUGAGGAAAAGAAGUCGCAGCAUGGCAUGUUGAGAGAUAAUAUCAGCUGGGGUGCAAUUAGUGACAAGUUGUUAACUCGAAAUGAUAGAGUCUGCUGCGAUAAAUGGUACCAUCAGUUAUCAUCAUCUAUGGUAGCUGAAGGGAAUUGGACCGAUACUGAUGAUUAUCGUCUGCUUGAUACACUUUUUAGCUUGGAUGCGUGUUGCAUAGAAGAUGUGGAUUGGGACUAUCUUCUUGACCAUAGGUCUGGAGAUUUAUGUAGGAAGCGCUGGAAUCAAAUGAUCAAUCACAUAGGUGAACAUAAAAACAAGUCAUUUGCUGAACAAGUUGAAAUUCUCACAAACCGAUAUAGUCCAGAUUUACUCGAGGCAAGAGAGGCCUGGGAUAACAAACCCUUUGUUGAUUGACGUGAUAUCAUAAUUCACAAUUAAGUUCGCCUGAAGGUAAUGUGUACUGUUAGGGACGUGCAUGGCAUUCUAAUGGAAGAAGAGUUGUUGAGAAAUCCAAUGUUCUGGUGGCCAUGUUUUAGGAUCUUUGAACAGGCUUGGAGGUGAUUUAAGGGUUGAUUACAGAGACUGCUAUGUAGCUGUGCGAAGAUUGUUAAGAAAAUUUGCAGAUUCUCAUCAGGGGCCAUGCUGCUCUUUUUAAUUUUUUUAAAAAAAGUUGUGUUGGCCAUGUUACAGGCUCUUUGAAGUAAAUCUUUUGCAUUCUUGUAUUUCCAGAAUGAACAGAUGGUGUGAAGGAUAUCUUUUAUUUUAUAUCUAAAUGGUCUAUUUUAUA